UCUCGCUCUCUCUCUUAUCUGUAAGCAUCACUGAGAAUUUUACACGUUUAUGGAGGAGCUCUUGCUCUUCAUCAUCUGGGCUUAUUCUUAUUUUACUGUUUUUUUUUCUAGAGAGAGAGAGAGAGAGAUACCUUAAAAUCCAAUCCAUUCCAAUGCAAAAGCAGGACCAGAUUUGCGUAAAAUCCACUUUAUUGCUUCGAUCACCUUCCUGUGUUCUCUCUCUCUCUCUCUCUCUUUUGGAGUAUUUCCAUAACUUGAAACCUAAGCAUGAUUUUCCAUCGAUCAACCCUUUAAAUCAUUGGAAAUAUUUCUCGAAUUUGCCACUAUUGUACUGUCCAAGAACAGAUCCUCCUUUAUCAUCUCUGGCUCCUAAGUCCUACCUUAUCAUGUCUUGAAUCCUCCAGUUCAUCAAGCAGAAGGGUUCUGUGAAUCUUCGAGCUUGAUCUCAUUAGAAACUUGGGUUCUUUUGAUCCAUCAUCCACCGAAAUGGGGCGCCAUUCUUGCUGUGUCAAGCAGAAACUCCGCAAAGGAUUAUGGUCUCCUGAAGAAGAUGAGAAACUGUUCAACCACAUCACUAGAUUUGGUGUUGGUUGUUGGAGUUCAGUUCCUAAACAAGCAGGUCUUCAGAGAUGUGGCAAGAGUUGUAGACUGAGAUGGAUUAACUACCUAAGACCAGAUCUCAAGAGAGGGAUGUUCUCCCAACAAGAAGAGGAUCUGAUUAUCAAUCUCCACGAGAUUCUCGGAAACAGGUGGGCUCAGAUUGCAGCACAAUUACCUGGAAGAACGGAUAAUGAGAUAAAAAACUUCUGGAAUUCUUGUUUGAAGAAGAAACUCAGGCAGCGGGGGAUUGACCCAGACACCCACAAGCCCUUGUCUGAAAUUGAAGCUCAAGAUGAGAAGAAAUGCAGAGAAUUACAAGAACCCUACUUACAACCACCUCCACCCAAGAGACAACGAACCCUAUCAAGUUCAGAACUUGGGACUGUAGUUGCCAUUAACGAUUCAAGCUUCUGUGAUGCCAAGCCAGCAGUCUUUGAUCCCUUCCCUUUGUUUGAUUUCCAAGAGAGCACAAACAAUCCUACGGGGCCUAACCACAACCUCCUCUAUCAACAACACCAAGAUUUUGUUGGUGUUCCACAGGAAAGCAAUUAUCCCACAUCAGAUCUGUCUACCAUAACUUUUGAUCAGAAUCAGACUCAAUUGGAGACGAACCCAAAUUUUGGGUUUACUUCGAUGCCUCGUCUAACUUCUUGCGAUAAUUUGACGGAGACAGAUAUUUCAGAGAAUUCAAUCUCUACAUCAAGAAUGAGUGGGUUGUUCUUCAAUGAAGCAAGAGAGAUCAGUUCAAGUAAUACUAAUAAUUGUAACAAUAUGGGUGCAGUGUUCUCAUGGGACUCCAUGUUUCAUCAGUUUCAGCUCAAUGGGAUAAAAUCUGAAGAAAUGAAUCUACAUUCAUGGGAGGAAGAAGAUCAAGAUAGACAACAACAACAUACACAGAGCCCAGAAGAUUUUGGUACCUUUCCAUUAACGUCACUUUCUGAGGAUCUAACAGAGGCAAACUUCGAUCUAUUUGAGCAGAUAUAAGACUGUAAAUUCGACACUGAUUCCCACCGACCAUAGAAAAAGAAAAAAAAAAGGAAAUUCUCUUUUUGGGUUUUUUUUGGAAUUUUCUCCCUAUCCUUUUUUUUUUUUAUCUCUCAUGAACAGAUACAGAUGUUGACAGUACAUGGAAGAUCCUACUUAAAGAGAUUGAGUUGGUGAUCCUUUGAAUUCCCCCCCUCUUUUUUUUUUUUUUUUUUUCAAUUUUUAUUUUCUAAACCUGUUUGUAUACAGGAGGCUUGAAAUAAUUAUGUUAGAGACAUACAGUUUGUGUGAAUAAAAGAUUACUUUCUUUUC